AGUUGAUUUGAUUUGUUAUCUAAACUAUUUUAUUGAUAUAAUUAGACAUAAUGUCUACUCCGACAGAGUUAAGUUUUGACGAAAUAUUAAAAUUCAUGUUAGCACAUAAUGGAAAAGUGACAAAUUAUGAGUUGGUAAAACAUUUUAAAGUGUUUCUUAUGAAUCCCGACAUGAGAGAUGAAGCGCGGAAUACUUUCAAGAAACACGUUAAUGCGUUGGCAAUUAUAAAAAAUCAGAACAAUGAGAAAUGGUUGAUACUUAAAAAGAAGUACAUGCCGAACAACAGUAAAAAAGAAGAGGUGGCUGCUAAUGACAGUGUAUCAGAAUCUGAAGGCAACAUCCAGUCGGCGCCAUACCAGCCCCCGCCUCCAUUACAACUCAAUCAAGACUUUAGUAUUUUGACAAACUUAAUUCAGACAAAUAAUGAUGUUCCAAGUACUGAAAUUUCCUCCCCGCUGCAUCAAAGUGAGUCUAGCAUCAGCUUAACUCUGCCCAGCGACAUCUCACCUGAGGAUGUCCCACCCAAAGUACACCCGAGACGAAAAUCUGCUGACAAAGCAGCUGAAAAAAGAACAUGUAUACCUGUAGCUGCCCUAGAACGGACAUUAUCAACACCAAAUGAUGACAGUGAGUUGCCAAGGGUCGAGCCCUUGUCAUCUACUGCCAUAUCAAAAAGUGAAAGCACGCUGGUUGACAAUGAACAGAUGAUCUCAGUGAAGGAGCGGAAGCAGAUGUUUAACAGGAUGGCUUCAGAGGGAGACAUGCUAAAAAAUCAAGUGAGCGGAAAUUUGAGUGCACAGAACAUUGAUGAGGAAGACAGGGUGUCACUGGAUCCGAAAAGCGAGACCGAUCCCCUGGACUCCAAACAGAAACAGUGGAUCCUUAAUGCCGCCAGGGGCGACUACCAUGCCCUGGCAAAGAUGUGUAAGGAGAACUCUAAGCUCGUUAAAACCAAGGAUCCUUUUACGUACACGGCGAUGCACUGGGCCUGUAAGCGCGGCAAUGAAAAUUUAGUGAAACUGCUAGCUGGGGCCGCGCGGCAGGUUGUUUACGAGCGCUCGAAUGGGGGGUACACUCCUCUACACAUCGCCAUGCAGUUUCGUCAUGAAAAUCUCUUCAGACUGCUAGUCGAAGCUUACGAUGCAGAUCCAAACGUUAGAGACUGGUCUGGCCGGAAGCCAAGGCAAUAUCUAGUCAACAUUGACACCUCUAUGUCUCCAGGCUCCUAUAGAAAAAAAGAGGGUUUCCUCCGGAUCGGAUCGUUAAACGUCCGCGUGAAGAAGACGACGGAGGCUUUCAGCAACUUCCUGGGCGUGGGCGCGACGCGCUCUUCCGCCUACAUGCCCAAGUCGGCCAGGGACAGGCCGCUGGACCGCAACUCUGACGACGCCACGCAUAAGAGCUGGGGCUCGGCGGAUAACCUGCAGAAGGAUGACAAGCUAAUGCCUCCUCCUACGAACAGUGGCAAGGUGAGACGGCGAGGUGCCACGGGGCGUCGAGGCCUGGGCUCCCACAGCCGGAGCACGCCCACUACUCCUGACCAGCCGCGAGCACGCAUCGGCAGCAGCGAGACCGGCGACUCGGACUCGGACUCAGCCGCCGGCUUCCACUCUGCCUGGCGUCAACAGCGCGCCUCCAACUGCACAUAACAUAUCGGCAUAACGGAACCCAAACCAUGAUUACUUUAAGUAAGAAAGUCCUUAAGCUACGGUCUAGUGAGCUUAAUACACACGGUGAGCAGUCGGCGUGUAAGCUUU